AUGGGCAGGCUGAUCAAGAACCAUUGGGGGCGGUUAAUCAUUCUCACCGCAGCAGCUUAUCAAGUUGCCAGCGCCGUCGAAGGCUUCAUCUGGCCCAAAGUAUUCUGGGAUUUCGUCUCCAAGAACCUCGAUGCGGCCGUCGCCCCGGUCCCCGUCCUUCAAAUCCUAAACCUCAUCAUGGGCCUCGUCGGUAUAGCCUGGGAAUGGCCUCUCAGGCCACUUGCUGGUUCAGUGCCACAUCGCAGCAUCGAAAUCCGUCUCAUCAUAUACCCCCUCAGCGCAAUGCUUGCGGCGCUUCUCUACCAAGGCACCGACCCUGCAAUAUACUACUUAAUUGGGAUUGGUGUCUAUUUCUGGGCCUACAGUGAAGGCGAGAAACAAGAGACCAUCGUCAUCUUGACAGCACGAGCUGCACGACCAAGUGGACCCCUCAAGCUCCAAGCCCCCAAAUACCCACUCAGAUGCUCUGCGCCAUACCUAUGUGUCAUAGACACCUCAAACCCGAGCCGAAAGUCAGAACUGACCUCCCGGACUGACACCAUCGGUCCCGAAUCCCAGAAAGAAAACAAGAUGCCCUCGUCUACAGAACGCAAAGUCAAGCACGAGGAAGCCAAUCUCGCUCUCGAACCAGCAGAGGAUGUCCCAGUCAACAAGAUCACAAGCUUCAACGGCAGGUUACAACAAUACCUGCACAGCAGCAGCGCAACACAAGAGACGAACGCCACGAGCACGGUGACAUCGCAACGCAAAACCACAAGUAAGGUCGAGAAUCAAGCAGAAGAACCGACGGCUAGCCCAAAGCGCCGAAAGGCCACCACACAAACGACAUCAGCAAGCACAAUCAUGCUCCCACGCAUGACCCGCUCCCGCUCCCGCUCAAUACCGACACCGACACCAACACCAACACCCCCAUCCCGCCGACAAACCCCAACAAAACGCAAGCGCACCCCCCAAAUCCCUCCCACACCCCCAAACACAGGACCGCAAGCAACAACCUCCCUCCUACGCGACACAAUCCCAAAGAACCUAGUCCUCCUUCUCGUCGGCGUGAACCCAGGAAUAAUGACCGGAAUAACCGGACACGCCUACGCACACCCGUCCAACCUCUUCUGGAAACUGCUACAUUCUUCCGGCAUAACGAGCAUCCGCCACAUACCCGCCGACACAUACAAGCUGCCCGCGCUGUACAGCGUCGGCAACACGAAUAUCGUCGAGCGGCCGACGCGCGACGCGAGCAUGCUCAGUAAGGCGGAGAUGGAUGCCGGUGUGCCGGUGCUGGAGGCUAAGGUUGCUGCGCAGCGGCCGGAGGUGGUGUGUCUGGUUGGGAAGAGUAUUUGGGAGGCUGUUUGGAGGGUUAGGAAGGGGAGGGGCAUUCGGAAGGAGGAGUUUCGGUAUGGGUGGCAGGGUGAAGGGGAGAAUAUGGGGAGUGGGCUUGCGGCUGGGAUGAGGCCUGCGGAGAAGGAGGCUAUUUGGGCGGAGCUUGGGAGGUGGGUUGUUAAGAGGAGGGUUGAGAGGGGGUUGGAGCCUGUUGUUGUUAAGGAUGAGGUGGUUGUAAAGGAUGAGGUUAUUAGGCCUUCGAUUCCUGGAUGA